CGUUUUCAAGAUUCUUGGCUUUACAAAACCCACCAAGCCAAGUCACUGAUUCCCCCAACAUCAAUACAUAUAUGUAUUCACAUUCAAUUUUGUUUCUAAAGACCAACUUCUAGACAAUAUGGGGGGAUCAAUGGGCUUUCUCGGAAAAGGUGUACCACCGACGCAGAUGAUGAAUAUGGUAAUGGGUUCACUCUACAAACAAUUCACCCAAAAAGCUAUCAACAACUUCGACGAUUUCCACGUUGCUGUUUUAGACAUCUUUAACAACUUCAACUCGGCUUUACCAGGCCGACACUUCGAUUUCCCGACCCCGGAGGAAAUUAAGGCUUGUUUCACGCGGUGGAAAGGAGAGAGAGACGAAGAAGGGAAGAAAAAAGUGUUCAUAGAGUUCAUUACAAAGAAAGUGAAGCCAAGUAAACUAGAUGACGUCACUAUGAUCACCGGAAUAGUAUCUCCUCCGGCUGCUAUGGCGGCUAAGAGAGCGGGAGAGAAUGUUCCUCAGUUAAAACUAAUCAAACUUAUUCCUGAUGUUAUAUUCGUCCCUACGGUCACCAUUUUGGCCAUUGUCUCUGCCAAACUCUCAAGAAGAAUGUAUUUGAAAUAAUGUUUUACCUAACCAUUCUUCAUUCUCGUAUUUAUCCUUCUUUUUUUUCUCUCUUGAACAAGAGACUGCAUCACUGAAAAUUAGCAAUAUUCUGAGUUCAUUUUAUACAGAUGGAGAACAG